AUGGUAAACUAUAUGAUUUCUGUAGAUAAGAGUUCAAACUCUGAGUUGGCAAUCAAAGAGAUUGCUGCUCAGUUGAUUGAUAAGGAAAAAGAUACAUUGUUCCUCAUUACCAUUGCAGAGGAUCCAAUUACAUUCCCAAGUUCUGCAAUGUCUGCUGUAAUAAUGACAGGUAAAGUCAUAUUAAGAUCAAUUAUUUCAAUAGAAAAGGAAUCGAAAUCAAUCUUGAUUGAGAAAGCUAAAAUUGCUAAACAUCUUGGUAUUCAAAAUCUUAGAGCAUUGCUUGGUCAUGGUAAUCAUGUUGGUGAAGCAGUAUGUAAAGCUGCAUUGGAGAAAAAGAUUGACUACUUGGUGGUUGGAAGAAGAGGUAUGGGACCAGUAAAGAGAAUCUUCAUUGGAAGUACCUCUAGAUAUAUUUUAGAACAUGCUCCUUGCAAUGUUAUUUGUAUCAAGGAAACUGAGGAAAUGAAAGAAAGAUUCGAACACGAACAAGCAAGAGAGAAUCAUGAAGAAAUCGAAUCAUUUAAUGAUUUCGAAAGACUUCAUUUACAUAUUUAA